AUGAAUGCAGUGAGGAAAUGCCCGUCAAGGAGCGGUUCGUCAAAAAAUAUCCUGUUUAGAAGUGUCCUCGCAGAAGGCAUUCCCCCAAGGAACAUCCCCCAAAGGAAGAACAAUCACUUCCUCAUUCACCAUGUGAGGAAGUCCCCCUUCUAUACGUCAGUGGUUGUCCACAAUUUUGACCUCAGAGCAAAUCAGCAGCUGCUCCUGAGCAAUGCCAUCACAGUGAACAAUGAAACGGCGCUACUUAAAGGGUGCCUGAAUUUCAUGAAGAAUUUCGAAAGCUUUGCCGCCAUCUGUUGUGCUUGCAGCGACCCCAAGAAUAAGGUGCAGCUGAAAAAGUCCAUUUGGUUCUCCAGCAUUGGCAUUGAGAUGCGCGACUUUGUUCAAUACUGCUACGGAGGUGAUGAAGGGUCCACAAAUGAAGAAGCCAAAAGAAUAUUGGAGGAAAUUGUCAAGUCGGAGUGCCCUGUAAUCCUGAGGGAUAGAAACAGCGUCCUUGUGGAGCCGGAUGUGGCCCCCAAAAAGGUUGUCAACUCGGCCAAGAGGAUGAGAUACUUUUUCAACACCUCGGAAGUUCACACGUGUCGAGGUUGCUACAAGAAGAACAGGUGCAAGCGCUUUCUUCAGAAAUACGCAGGCGAACCGGACUUCUCCGACUUCACCCGAUUGAUGAUAGGAUUUUAUAACAUAAGCAAAGCGUACACAAGACGAAACGAAGUGGACAGGCUGGAGCUCCGACACAUGAUAGAAAAAGUGAAUUACUUCCACUGCGCACUUUUCUACAUCUACAACUACCUCCUCAAACACAAACACUUCAAUUAUAACGCGGUGGAGGAAGGGAACAGAAGCGCCAUACUCACCUACUUGAGGGAAAGGAGACGAAACUGGCUGCUCCUAAAAACUCAAAGGGAGCAGGAGAAGGUCAUGAACAUCCCCAGGGAGUACUCAGAUGUGAUCAUCCCAACAGAGAAGGCCAAGAUGAAGAAGAAGCAGAGGAAUGUGUUCGAGAGGCUCCAGCGGUUUCGGAGACGGUUCCAUUUGGCAGAGGACGAAGAGAAGUUCAUUUGGAUGGAGGAGCAGGAAGAGGAGGACCCACAAGAGAAGGACGACCCCCCUGCCGAUUCGUAUGACCAACCACUCCACAGCGACUCAACAAUGGGGAACGAUCUGAAGGAUGAUUUGAAGAACGACCUGAAGAACGACACCGAGGAUGAAAACGCUUUAGUAGAAAUAAAAGACAAAAAUGAACCCCUGUCUUCCUUUCGCUUCCAUUAUGUGACAAAAAUGGAAAAACCUGGUACCCCCAAGGAGGUUCUCAACUACCACAGCAUGUACAAAAAGUACUCCAGCCUACUCCAAAAAAAGGUGUGCGUCAAUUUGGACGACCUGGACGUGAACGAGGAGAUAAUCAAGGCCGAAAGCGUGCUGUUCAAAAUCCCUGAGGCCGUCGGAGGAUACACCUUCAUAAACUACAUCGAGAGCCAGCCCAACAAUUACAUAUUGCCCAUUAAUGAAAAUUUGUACAAGGGCAUUCAAGUGUACAAACGAGAGGAACUCAAUUUGGGGGACUUCUGGUCCAACAUUAACAAUGAGGAGCUGAAAAUAAAAAGAGUUGGUUUCUACAACCCGUUUAACAUAAAACAGAAUUUGGAGAUUGCCAUGCAGAAGAAGGGGGCCCUGUCCCACAGGCAGACUGCGCAGGAGAAGGACGAGGAAAUUACCGACCUAUCAGAUGACCUGUCGAGCUUCCAAGAAUAUUUGGACAGCAGGAAAAGAGCAGAAGCGAAAAGCAGGAGGAAGGAGAGAAGGCGCGUGAGUUCAGGCGACUCUACAUCCUACGCCACAUCUUCCCCUGUGGAUCAAGCAAACAGUGAUGAUGUGGAAGACAGCAACGAUGAGGAUAUCCGGUUUGCUUACUUUAAGAAAAUGAGAAACGAGAGACUGCAAUUACAUGAACACGAAGAGGUGAAGGAAGAGUUCGAUAGCAUUUACAACGAGGCGUACAAUGCUAACGCGCAACCUGGCGAGGCGUAUCACCACACGCACCACAUAAGGAGGAGACUGACCGACGAGGAGAGAGGCGCGAGAGGGGUCACACCGGAGGACAUCCAGGAGGAAAGGAGGCGUCUCGUGCAGGCGGGUCGGAAGGAGAUAAAGGAGCAGUCAUUUUACUUGUUCAAGAAUGUAAAGUUCCCCGAGUUGCCCGCGGAGGUAUCCUUAGAGCAGGGCCUGGACCGAGGAAAAACAAAGAGGAGGCAAAAUGCAAAUGAUGAGCUUAAGAAAUACAUUCGUCCCCGGAAACGGAACUCGAAUGUACCGGAGCUGACGGAGGAAACGAUCGAGGCUCAUUGUUCGUCUGCCCAGGGAUCUCGAAGUUUGGAAAUUAUGUUGAAGAAAAAAAGGAAGCAUUUCAAAGGGGGUGCAAAUGUAGAAGAACAUUAG